AUGGUUGACGCAGAAAAGGAAGAAGCCAAAAAUUAUAUUCUACUUGAGGAUAAAACGUUAAGACUAAAAGUGACCGAAAAAUCAAUUUUGGAAACAAUUUUAGAUUCACCUGUUAACAAUUAUUGGGAUUAUUGGAUUAAAGAUAAACACUUUUUCUUAAUUCGUCUCAAAGAUUCGGAAGAGUUCAUUUCGAAAAGUAAAUCAAUUAUUUGUGAGGCUAAAUUUCCCAUCAUGUCAAAAUUUUUUUCUAUCACCAAGUUACCUCAUAGUGAGAAAAAACUACCAGAAAUUGCCAAAAAUCGAUCGGACAUUCGGUUGAAUCGACAAUCUUGUAAAUUGCCAGAGAAUUUGGAUCCAAAUCGUCCAGUUGAUGAAACGAUGAGAAAAUUUAUUCGAAAUUUAGCCUUAAGUGAAUUAGAAUGUAAAUUGAAGUUUUUCAUCAUCAAUUCGUUUGAGGAAUUGUUGUGCCGAGGAGUUUUUGGUGCUUUCCAAUUGACCCCCUUCGGGUCGAGUGUCAAUGGAUUAGGUUGGGGAUCAAGUGGCCUUGACCUUUGUCUUACAACUAAAUAUCAGCCCGAUCCGAAUCCAAACUUUGUCGCUUCUUCUGCUGGACUACUUGAUGGAUCAAUGAAACGACAGCGAUGCAUCAAAAUGUACACAACACUAAUGAGAGUUGGUCUAAUUCCGGGUGUUAACAAUGCGAAUCAACCAAACAAUCAGACUGUCCAACUUUUCUCAAAUUUUACCUCAACCGACAUAACGAUCACCUGUACUGAUCCAGUUACUCUAGAAUUUUUUAAAAUGUCAGAAAUUUUGUACCAAUUAACUCGAGCUGAUGAACGAUUGUUUCAUUUAUUUCAUUUCUGUAAAUUAUGGGCUGAAGUUCAAGGUUGUAUUAGUCCAACUUUUAGUCAUUUCAAUUUAACCAUGCUAAUUAUCAGUUAUCUCCAAGUUAAAAGGCCAUUUCCCGUUGUACCUCCAUUGGAACCAUUUUUUCAAUCAACUCAAAUCCAAUUGGAAUCUGAACAUAUUCAAGAUCAAUCGUCGUCUUUUACUGACAUUUUACAAGGUUUUUUCCAUCACAUCGGCACCUUUGAUUUCACCAGUUCGGGUGCCAAUCUAUUCCUUGGUAAAACUAUUCGCAAACCCAAUCGAGAUGUACUGUUAAUCCUUGAUCCCGCUCGAAGUUCCAACAUGGCCGUUAAAGUUACCAAGAAUGAUUUAGAAAAUUUAACUCGAAUUGCCCUUAAAUCUUAUCGAUUAAUGGGAUCUGGUUGUAAUUUACAAAAUCUAUUAAGACCAAUUGCUCAAGACACUAAGAAGAAAAUAAACUAA